GUUUUAUUUAUCAAAUUCAUUCAAUACAAUCAAUUGAGCUAGUUACGUUUUUUAGUUCAAAUCUGAGAGGGACAAGAGAACAGGAAAAAAACAAUAAAUUCCCCUCCGAGAUGGCAGACCAAAUCACCAACAAUUCGAGCGGCGUGCCUGAGGACACGAACAAGCCGAUAAUGUCGUCGUUUGACCAAAGCAAGCUGCGCGAGCUCAUCCGGCUAAUGGAAAAGCAGCAGCUUUCCUCCGACCCUGUUCUCAGCAAGCGCGAGCGCGACGAAGCAGCAGAGCAGCAAGCAACCCACGAGUUCUGGAACACGCAGCCGGUGCCCAAAUCCAUCGAAACCAUCCAAAAGGACGGGCCGCUGCACCCGCCGCUCAAGCCCGAGGAGAUCCGCCAAGAUCCAUAUGCCUUGCCCGAGGGUAUGGUCUGGUGCGAACUAGAUAUCGAGCGGGAUUCGGAAAUGACCGAGCUGCACGAGCUUCUGCUGAACCACUACGUGGAGGACUCGGAUUCAAUGUUCCGGUUCAGCUAUUCGGCGGAGUUUCUGCGCUGGGCGCUGAUGCCGCCGGGGUUCAGCAAGCUGUGGCAUGUGGGCGUGCGGGAGGCGGGGACUGGGGUGCUGCUGGCGUUUAUCAGCGGGAUUCCCGUGGACGUCAUGGUGCGGGAUCGGACCAUGGGAAUGGCAGAGAUCAACUUCCUCUGCCUGCACAAGUCGCUGCGCAGCCAGCGGCUAGCGCCGCUUCUGAUCAAAGAAGUGACGCGCAGGGUGCACCAAGUGGGCAUCUUCCAGGCGAUCUACACGGCCGGCCGGCUGCUGCCCAAGCCCGUAUCCACCUGCCGCUACUUCCACCGCACGCUGAACCCGCGCAAGCUGAUGGACACGGGCUUUUCAAAGAAGCUCGAGGGCGUCCAGCUGCUGAAGCUUCAGGCAGCCCUGCGGCUUCCGGCGCAGCCCGGGGUCGCCGGCCUGCGGGCUAUGCGCAAGGGGGAUGUCGGCCAAGUGCGCAAGCUGCUUAAUCGGCAGUUGAAGACGCGGUGCGAGGUGGCGCCGGUGUUUAAGACGGACGCGGAGAUUGCCCAUUGGUUCCUGCCCCGCCAGGGCGUUAUUUGGACCUAUGUGGUGGAGGAUGCGGAGCAUCCCGGAAGGGUGACGGAUUUUGUGUCGUUUUACUCGCUGCCCAGCUCCGUGCUCAAGGCUCCGUCUGCGCAGGGCGGCUCGGGCGUGCGUGCAAAGGGCGUGCGCAAGCCGCCUGGAGCCAUCUCAAAGACAGCAUCGCAGCAGCAUGCGAUGGUUAAUGCCGCGUACCUGUUCUACUAUGGCACAAAGACUGACUACGACGUGGUGCUGACGGCUGAGGAGAAAGCGGCGGCUGGCGGGCAAAAGAAGGAGAAGGCGCUGGUUAAGGAGAGGGUCGAUGCACUGAUUAAGGAGAGGUUGACUGAGUUGAUGCGGGAUGCGCUUGUUAUGGCUAGUGCUGCGCAGUUCGAUGUGUUUAAUUGCUUGGAUAUGAUGGAUAACGCCAUGUUUACCAGUGAGCUUAGAUUCGGCCCUGGCGAUGGUUUCUUGCGCUAUUAUUUCUUCAACUAUAUGGCCCGUAAUGUCGAUGCCUCGAAGGUCGGCUUUGUCAUGGUUUAGGCAAACUCUUUUAUAUAUAUAUUUUUACUUUGAAAAUAAAUGAAUUCUUUUUGAUUGA